CACCCCGGCCGCCGCUCUCUCCCGCCCUGGGCCGGCUCCCCUUCCCUCUUCGCGCUCCUCCCCACCUCCUCCUCCUCCGCUUCGUCGAACCCCCGGGUCGCGAUCCUCUGCCACCCCCACGACGACCACGCCCACCGCCACGUGUCGGCACUUGUCGUCGUCGAUGCCCGCACCCUCACGGUCCUUCACACCGCCUUCCACGGGGCCCUCUCCGUCUCGCUCCCGAGGGCGAUCGCGCUCACGGUCUGCAGCGAUGACAAUGCCGUCAGUGUUGUGCUGGCUGACGCGCAGGGGCGGGCGCAGAUGGUGCCUGUGGUGGAGGGCGCGGCCGUCGAGGGUGACUCGCCGAGGCGGCUCAGCGUGAGUUCCUUGUCCAGCUUUGCAUCUGCAGAGGCGCCGGAUGGUACGGUGGAGGCCGUGGCGUUAUCGGACGACGGGAAGGUCGUUGCCUUGGUGCUGAAGACGAGCUGUUUGUUGAAAUGCGUUGUCGAGGGUUCCGUGCUGGGUGAGGUGUCUCUGGCAAACACUUCGCUAUGCAAGGAGGAGGAAACAGGGGUCAAAGGCUGCCUUUCUGGAGGGUUUUUUCUCCACGGAGAGGAGUGGGGAGGCCCUCACUCUGAGGAUGGCACUGUGGUCAGGAGCUUGGUGUUGUGGAGCAGCAAUGGUGGUGCCAUGGUGUACAAGGUUGCUGUUGGUACUCCUCCAUUGUUUGGGUGUGAGGCUGUAUGUAAAGUUCCUGGUAUUUCAUCCGAGCUGGGAGAAAUGCCAGUAGUUCAAUAUUGCCAGAUGGGCAACUGUCUUAUUAGGAUGGAAUCCCGUCCGUAUAAGAUUGGUGGUUCCUUGUUUUGGAAACCGUUCAUCUCCAUAUGGUCUAUGAAUCAACUAGAUUUGAGUAUUGCAAUGAACACAGAGAGCCCACCUUUGAGCAAAGUUCUUGGAGAAGGCAGUCUUCAGGGAGAAGAAUUUAGGUCAGAGCUCUCUAAUUCACUACCCAAGUCAGACAAUGGAGUGGAAAUAAGUUCACAGAUGUGCUCAGCAUACAUCAAUGGAUCGGGAAAGCAUGGAAGGACCGUGUCUUCUUCGAUGGUACUUUCCGAGGAUUCUUAUGCUCCAUAUGCCAUAGUUUAUGGUUUCCAUAAUGGUGACAUAGAAGUUAUCCGAUUUCUCAAUCUGUUGCCAGCCGCACAAUUUGGUAGCAGAGGGGUUUACCCACAUAUUUCUGAAAGAUUUUUCUUGGGGCACAAGGGAGCAAUUCUUUGCUUGGCUGCACACCACAUGCAUGCCCACUCUGACUCUAGAAGCUUUCGACGAGCACUCAUAUCAGGGAGUUUGGAUUGUACGAUUCGUGUCUGGGAUCUUGAUGCCGGCACCCUCCUUUCUGUGAUGCAUCACCAUGUUGCAGCGGUUAAGCAAAUAAUACUACCACCAGCUUCGACUCAUCAGCCUUGGGAUGAUUGUUUUGUUUCUGUUGGAGAAGAUGGCCUUGUAGCACUUGUUUCUCUUCAAACCAUGCGUGUCGAGAGGAUGUUUCCUGGGCAUUCUUGUUACCCAUCAAUGGUUGCUUGGGAUGGAGUAAAAGGGUACAUUGCUUGUUUAUGCCGUAGUCUGCACUCUUGUAAUGACGUGGGCAGCAUAUUGUAUAUAUGGGAUAUGAAAACAGGUGCUCGAGACCGAAUUAUUAGAGGGACAACAUCUCAAUCAGUAUUUGAACACUUCUGUAGGGGCAUUUCCAAAAAUUCAGUUACUGGUGGCAUCUUGGGAGGGACAACUUCAGCAUCUUCCUUACUUGUUCCAAUUUUAAAAGGCACCCAGUCUCCUGCAAAUAGAAAUGGGAUGAACAUCUCAUCUAUACCAACGAACCAUCACAAUGCUGCAGAUUCCAUAUCUUUGAGUGUCUCUGCUGCGCAUGAUGUGAAGGGGAAGACACCAGCUCCAGUUGAUAGAGAUAAUUCUGCAUAUAGUUCAGGAAAAUCUGGCUCUGCUCAGAUAACAAACAAAAGAAGUAAGUACCCCAUAAAGUGCUCAUGUCCAUAUCCCGGCAUUGCAAGUCUGAGAUUUGACCUCACUGCAAUUAUGUCUGCACAAGGCAUGUCAAACAGCAAUAGUGAUAGGCAGUUGAGAGAUCAUCUUUGUGGUGAUGCUAACAAAGAAACUAUGCCGCCUGGAGCUUUAAAUAAUACUUCUGGGAUCCUAGAAAUGGAUAGCCCAUCUAGAGAGUCAUUGGAAGGGCAAUUACUUCGAUUUAGUCUCUGUUUUCUGCAUUUGUGGGAUGUUGAUUGUGAGCUGGACAAAUUACUUGUGGAUGAGAUGCAAGUUUGCAAGCCAGAAGGUUGUCAUAUAGCUACAGGGGUGGUAGGGGACAGAGGCUCGUUUACGGUGAUGUUCCCAGGGAAAGAAGCCACUCUUGAGCUUUGGAAGUCCUCUGCUGAAUUUUGUGCUAUGAGGUCGCUGUCAAUAGUUUCCCUUGCCCAACGCAUGAUCACAUUAUCUCGGUCUUGUACAAAUGCUAGCAGUGCCUUGGCAGCUUUUUAUACAAGACACUUUGCUGAGAAAGUCCCAGAUAUAAAGCCCCCAUCCCUCCAGCUUCUGGUGAGCUUUUGGCAACAUCCUUCUGAACAUGUGCGAAUGGCUGCCCGCUCCUUAUUUCACUGCUCAGCUCCUCGCUCUGUUCCACAACCCCUCCGUGUACAGAGAAAUAAAAUUCCUGACCACUUGUCUUUAUCUGAUCAUAUGGACAAGCUUAUCCCAGAGAUGCAGAGUGCCUCAGUAUCUAGUUAUGGACAGUUGAAGGCAGAUGGCGAAAAUCUUGAUAGGGAUGAUGAUGAUACUUCUCAGAUAAGCUCAUGGUUGGAAUCAUUUGAAAAUCAGGAGUGGCUAUCUUGGAUUGGAGGAACAAGCCAGGAUGCAGUGGCAUCAAAUAUCACUGUUGCAGCUGCUUUCGUUGUUUGGUACCCAAGCAUUGUGAAAGUUAAGCUUGCAAAGUUGGUUGUCAAUCAACUAAUCAAGUUAGUUAUGUCGAUGAAUGAUCGUUACAGUUCAACUGCAGCUGAACUUCUAGCGGAGGGAAUGGAAGGCACAUGGAAAGCAUGUUUGGGGACUGACAUCACUCAUUUCUUGAGUGACGUCCUUUUCCAAAUUGAGUGUCUAAGUAGUGCACCUUCUAGCAAUGUCAUCUAUAAAACUGCAGUUGCUGUUACAAUGAGGGAGGCAUUAGUUGGCACCCUUCUACCAAGCUUGGCUAUGGCUGACAUAAUGGGAUUUUUUGGUGUAAUAGAAAGUCAAAUUUGGGCUACUUCAUCUGAUUCACCUGUUCACGUAGUCUCACUCAAAACUCUCAUCCGAGUACUUCGAGGCUCUCCAAAGGCCUUGGCUCCUUAUCUUGACAAGGUAUGCAUUGUUUCCUCAUUGUACACAUUGUAAUUUUUUUAUACAGAGUUAUUGUAAUCACUAAAAAUUGGUUAAGUUCCAAGUUGGAAGCUUCUGAAGGGGAGCCUUGGCGCA